AUGUCUUAAUCAAAAUUAAUAUUGCGCGGAGGUGGUUGCGGAGCUUAGAAAGCAACCUCCUUAGCAUCAGGAACCUCAAAGUCAGAUAAUUAAGACCUUCAUGCUUUCUUUAAUAAAUUCAAUUUUUAUGUUGAGAAAAUUUGUACUAAGGCGGUAGUUGCUGCUGAUCACUCAGAAUCUUAAGAAAUAAUGAUAGCGCUCUAAUGGUUUAUUUUUUAAGAAGAAAAUAUUUACAAUCUCAACAAGAAUGCUUAAAGGGUAGUGAAAUCAUACGAUUUAAUUUUAGAGGGAAUCAGAAAGUUAUUGAAAAGCUGCUUGAUUUAUAUUAGAACAGAUUCGUUUAAAUGUUUAAAUAUCUUAUAGACAACAGCGUCUUUAUCUAAAGUCAUAUUUAGUUUCCAUAUACUAAAUGAGGAGAGAUUCAUGAAAUGGGAUUAAUAACAGGAAUUUUUGGACAUCUCUGACGAACUAAGCCAACAUAUAGAAAUAGAGAAGAAUGAUUUGAUUCAAAAUUAAAUGGAACUCUAUCUUUUUUUAACAAAAACUUCUUUCGAGAUCUCACCAAAUAAUAGUAAUGAAAGGGAAGAAAUCUUAAAAGGAUGUUUAAGUGGUAUUAUUGGUUCUUUAAUAUAAAUGAAGCCAAAUGAAGAAUUGCUUGAAUCAUUGUUUCAGGGAGCCUGUCAUCUUUAUAAAUAGUAUGUUGUAAGCAACAAUAGAAAUAAUUUGAAGUUUAUUUUUAAAUAGAUAUGUUGCAAUGGGAGAUAAUCAGUUAUUUUAAGAACGAAAAAUUGUAAAAUCUAGAGGAAAUACUUUUACAAAUAGAGGAAAUACAUGACAAAAUUGUAAAAAAUUCAAAUUUAUGGAAAUAUCAUUAUCUUUGGGUGCAAAUGAUUGGAAAAAUCUUAUAAUAUAAUCCUCUAUUAACUAAAUAGAAAUUAUCUUAGCUGAUAAAUUCUUUCAACUUUGAAUUAAAGCCAGAUUAAAUUUGGAAGGAAUAUCAGAGAAAAGGAUUAUUAAUUUAACUGAAUCAUAGUAAUGACUAAGCAGUCAUCUAACUUCAUUAACUUUAAAAUAAUUAAUUAAGUUCAAUUGAUAGAAAAAUAUUAGAAACUUGUUUCAAAGAAUGGGAAAUCUUCUUAUUACUUAAAGAUUUUUUGUAAAAUGAUCAAUUUUAAAAUAUACCAUAUACAUUUGGAUCAUAUUUAAAAAGCAAAUUAGUUAUUGAAGGAAAAGAACUUUAAAGAAAUGAACUUAUAUUUGCAAUUAAUAAAAUCAAUAACUUUUUAGGCUUUAUGAUUUCCAAUAAGUUGCUUAGUUUAAGUAAAUAAAAUGAUGAGAAACUUGAAGAUGUAAGAAAAAUUUUUAGUAAUUUUAUGAAAGUUAAGCAAUAUAAUGAGAGCACAACAUUAAAAAUUUCACAAUAAUAAAUAAAAAAAAUUAUAUAAAAAUUAGAAGAGUAUUUCUAAAAUAUAUAGGAUAUUAGAAAAAUUCUGAGUCUUAAUUAAGACAAAUUGAAAAAGAGAAAUGAAAAUAAAAAUUUUGAGAAACUUAAUAAGCUUUUGAGUCUAUAGGAGAUAUUAGAAUUAUAUAUUCUUGAAGAUGAAAGACAUAAAAAUGAAAAUGAUGCUACUUAGGAGUGGAGAAAUUUAAUUUUUGAUGACUUAAAAGUUUUUGAUUUAAAAGAAUAUAAAUUAUCAUUUCUUGAGUUGUCUAACAAAAAUAAAAGUAAAAUUUUUGGAGAAAUUUAAAAGUUGAUUGAGAUUUAUCAGAAAGAAAUUUAAGAGUUAGAAAUUAAUUAGCUUCAAAAUAACUUAUUGCAAUAUUUUUGGAAUUUAGUAAAUAAUCUAUGUUAAUAUUAUGAAAAUGUGUGUAAUGAAAUUUAAAACUUGUUUUCAGAGUUCAAUUUACACCUUAAAGAGAUAAUGAUCAUAAUGUAUUAAAUUGAGGCCGUUCCUUCAAUUAUUGAACUUAAAAAAAUUAAAUAAGCUUUUGAUGAUAAUCAUUUACUUAAAUUUUUAGAAAACUUAAUGUACUAAAAUCUGAAGCUAAAAUUUAAAUUGGUGGCUUCAAAAAAGUCUUUUUCAUUGAUAUUAGAAAAAUCCAAACCAGAGGAAUUAAGAAAGUUGUCAGAAGAUAUAAAUCUUGAUGAGUUUCUGUUAAACGUAAUUGAAGAGUUUCCAAAAAAAAUUAUGAGAAAAAAGGCUGACAUGUUACUUUACACUGAACUACGCAAUAUCGAAAUCACACAAGAAGAUUUUGAAUAUAGAUUAUCGAAGUAAAAAGGAAUAAUAAAUUACCUCAUAUUUAAAUAAAGUCUAAAAGAAAAAAUGAUCGAAUAAGAAGAAAAAGAUUUAGAAUUAUUUGAGAAGGCAUUUGGAGAAUUAUUCAUCAAAUAAUCUCCUAUGUAGAAAAUCAAGAAAAUUUUUGAACAAUUAAAAGUUGAUGAAUCCAUAAAAAAGGUAAUGGAUGAGAAAUUCAAUCAAUCAGAAUUGAGAUUAGAAAAAGAAAAAUAUGAUAUAUUUUUGUUUCAAUUAAAACAAAUUGAAAAUUUUAAAAAAUGUUUAUAAGUCGAAAAUUGGAAUAAAUUAAUCCUUUAAACAGAAACUGUGAUUCAAACAUUGGAAAAUUUUGGAUGCCCAGAUAAGGAAACGAUUAAAAUGUUAAUUAAUGAAGAGCUAAUCCAAUUACAAGCUAUAAUAAGAUAAUAAAAAAUAAAUUAUGAAGAAUAUGAAGUAUCGAUAUCUUCUAAAGUAUAGAUAGGACAUGAGAUAGUUGAUAUAGCAGACAAUGAGAAAUGUCAUCAAAUUGAAUAAAUUUAAUUGAUUGAUUUACAAGCAGGAAUUAACGUUGUAGCUAAUUAAAAUGGCAAGAAAUUUAAUUUUUCUAGUAAUGAAAGUUAUAGAACUUACCAAUCAUUCAUAAUAAAGGUAGUAAAGUUAAAAAAAUUAAUACUGAAAGAUGAGAUGUUGGUAUUACACAAUUUAUUUGAAGAGCUUGUUUUUUUUUCUAAGACACUUAAAUAAAUUGAAAAGUAUACAUAAGAAAUUUAAACCAAAUUCUAAUAAAGAUUUUAAUGUUGUAUUUAAGAAUUUAUUCAGAAGUUUGAGAAUUUACAAUUUUCAUAAGUUAAUUUAGAUUAAAAAGAAGAUGAAAACUUUCAUUCUUACUUAGAAAGCUUGGAAACCAAAUUAUUUAAUAGAGUAAAUGAUAAAGAGAUUACUUAAAUUAAAAUAAAUAUCUUUGAUUUUCUUAAUUGCUUAGAAUGUUAUUUACAAGAUAAAUUAGAAUAAAAGCAAAGUUUUUCAAACAUCCAAGUUAAAUAAGAUUUUCUAAUUCAAUAAAUAAAAAAAAUAUACUUAGAGGAAGAUAGUGAAGUUGUAGAUGAGAGAGAAGAAUCAAAAAAAUAAUUUGUUUUAUUAGAUAAUAUGGUUCAAAGGUUCAACGACUUUACAAAUAACGAAUAAUGGAAAAUUAAAUAGGGUCUUGUGUUUACUAUAAUUUAGAUUUCAUCUAAUUGUUUCUCAGAUUCUAUAACAUCAUUUUGUUAGAAAGUCCUAAUCUAAUUAUGGGUUUAAGAAAAAGAUCAAAGAGUUAGAAAUGUUUUAAAAAAUUAACACUUGGCAAGCAUGUAAAUGUAGAUUUUAUAGAAAGAUUGGUCUACCUAACAUGAUAGAAUUGCAAAGAAAAUGUCGGGAAUGUUGAGAAGAAUUGAUGAAUUGUAAGAGUAAAUUUUUCAUGAAACUAAUCUUAAUAAGCGAGACUUGUAUAUGAAAGAACUCGAUGAAACAACAGAGCAAUUAGAUUAAUAAAUUGAAAAUAUUAGUGAAAUGGGUUAAUAACUUAAACUAAUAACUGAUUUUGUUAAUCAUAUCCGAAAAGGUUUAAUCAGAGUCGAGGGUAAAAUUAAUGAAAUGAAGGAAUAACUCAAAAACAUAGGAACUGAUAUUAAAUUUUUGAGAGGAAAAUCUGUUGAGCAACUUUUUGAAAUCAGAAAAUGGAAAGUAUUGAAAGAAGCAGCUUACAGAAAUGCUUAGACCAUUUAUGUACCAUUACAAACUUUAGAAAUAUUUCAAGGGUAAUAAAAAGUGGGAGUUUCGUCAACUUGUUUGAUGAAUUUAGAUGAUUUAAAUGAUAGAGGAGGGGAGGUGAAUAAAUUUUUAUUACAAGAGUCACCGAAAGAAAAAAAAACAGUCUUAUUAAUACAUGGUUAAGCUGGAUCUGGCAAAAGUACUAUAGCAAAGAAAAUAGAAGAAUUUAUAUGGAAAUUACACGACAAAAAUUAAAAAAUUAGAAAUCAAGUGCUGAUACCUGUUUAUAUUUCAUUGCCAUAUUUAAAAAAUCCUGUUUUUCAAGCGGUAGAAGAAGCACUUCGUCAACAAGAGUAUGGUUUUGACUAGCUCUAAUUAAAAGAAUGUAAAGAGAUGUUGGAAAAGAAAGAAUUCAAAUUUUUAUUGAUAAUGGACAGUUAUGAUGAGAUGAAGCUAGAGCAUAUUCAGAAAAAUUUAUAUUUAAGCAAUAAAGUGAAUUAAAUUUGGUCUAACCCACUUGUUAUUUUUACCACUAGAAGUGAAAUUUUUACAAGUAGUAAUUAUACCACAUGGUUUUAACCAGAUAAAAAAGAAGAAUUAAAAGAAAUUUAGCUUCUAAAAUUUAAUGAAGCAUAAAUGAAGGAAUAUCUAAAAAUAUAUACAAACUAGACUAUUAAAAAGUCAGUGUUCGAAAUGUACGAAUUGCAAACAUAAAUUUCAAAGAGAGGAGAUGUUGAUAUUAAUAGGUUUGAUAAUUGUUGGGAAAAAUUCUUCACCCAUUUUUAGAGAUUAGAAGUAACAAAUGGUGAAAAUCUAUUGAAUGAAAAAUAAAUUGAGAGCAUUUAAUAAUUUUUGAAAGAUGAUGAGUUUAUAGCUUUAAAAAGCACCAAUGCUUUGAGAAGCCUAAAUAUAAAUUUAUAAAAGCUAUGGAGUAUUUAAAAAUAUGAAAAAAUGAUAAAGAAUAUUAAUUUGAACAAGCUGGUGGAAAAUCCUUAUAUGAUGGAAAUUGUAGUUCAAGUGUUGCCUGAGAUGGCAACUAAAGCAACUGAGAUAAAUAAUGUGAAAUAAAAUUUUUUCAAGAAUUUCCCAAAUAUGCUUAAAGUAUUUUUCAAAAGUAAAUUUCUGAUCUAAAUGUAUAAGUUAAACAUUGAAAUUGAAAAAGAAUAUUAUAAUAAAACUUCGGAAGUUACUUUGGUAGAUUUAGAAAAUUUGGAAAUUAUUAACUAUCAAGAAAUAGCUCGAGCAGUUUGGAACAUCCUCGAAAAAAAUUUAAGCACCAUCUAAUUUCAAAUAACGAAAGACAUAAAUGAUCUCAAUAAAAACCUUAAAAAAAUAAAUUUACUCAACAUCCAUGUGUUGUAAAAUACUGCUGUUGAAAAAAUAGCACUUGAAUAAGAAGCAAUAAUAUAACUAGUUUCUGAUGCAUUACAAGAAUACAAUCUAACAAGUUACGACUUUUAUGAAGAGUUUAUUAAUUAGUAUCAUUUGAAAUAAAUAGAGAAAUUGCAAAAUUUAGGAAAAUCCAUAAAUAUUAAUUGUUUUGUUCAUGAUUUAAAAAAAUAUUCAAUCUAGCUGGCAUAAGAAAUGACUUUUAGACAGUUCACUUAAGUCUAGUAUUAAUAAAAAGGAUUAUUAUAUCAUGAGAAAAAUGUUGAGGAAGAAUGGUUGAAUAACUUUUUUAAUGAUGAUUGUAAAAAUGGAAACUAUAAAAAGGAUGUAAGGAGUUGUUCUUUGAUUAGAUAGAAAGGUAUAAAUUUUUAAUUUGUUCAUAAGUCCAUCCAAGAAUUCUUGAUUGCUGCAGAUCUAUAUUAAGUGUUGGUUUUAUCUUAAAAUCUAGACACUGAAAUAUUAAGCUAAAUUCUUGAGAUUUUAAUGGAAGAAAAAACAUAAUAUGUGGAUAGCUUACAAAUUCUUAAAAAUUAUGAGAGUUGGAAAACGGUUCAUCCGAUGAACCAAUAAAAACUUGACACUUUAAAAAACAAUAUGCAAUAGACUUUGGAUCUUCUCUCCAUUUUAAAAGAAAAUUCAUUCUCUGCCAUUGAUUAUUCCCCAAACUUCUUUUCUGAAACUAAAAAAUAUUUGAAGUAAAAAAUAUAAAAAAAUUAAAAAAUUAUAGAAUUGCUGAAAUUUCUUGUAUAUCUAACUGCUAUUGAUGCAACCUAUAUUAUUUGUGGAUCAAACUCACUGAAUUUAUUAGUUGAGAUGCAAGUUGAUCUAACUAGUCACAAUUUCUAGAAAAUAAGGAUUAAAAAUACUUCCUUAAUUGGAGGUAAUUUUGCUAAAUGUAAUUUAAGCUAAUCUGAAUUUUAUAAUGUGAACAUAAAUGGAAUUAAUCUAAAUGGAGCAUUAAUGUUUGAUUGCAAAUGGAAGAAUUUGAAGACUAGUGAUUUAUUUUCAUUAGAUGGUCAUUAAAAAGGAGUUAUAUCAGUCUGUUUCUCACCUGAUGGUACUACAUUAGCUUCUGGUAGUGAAGAUGCCUCUAUCCGCUUAUGGGAUAUUAAGACAGGAUAAUAGAAAGCCAUAUUAGAUGGUCAUUAGGGUGAGGUUAAAUCAGUUUGUUUCUCUCCUGACAGUACUACAUUGGCAUCUGGUAAUGAAGAUAACUCUAUCCGUUUAUGGGAUGUUUAGACACGAUAAUAGAAAAUCAAAUUGGAGGGUCAUUUAAAAGCAGUUACUUCAGUCAAUUUCUCUCCUGAUGGUGCUACAUUAGCAUCUUGUAGUAGAGACAAGUCUGUCCGUUUAUGGGAUGUUAAAUAAGGAUAGUAGAAGGCCAAAUUAGAUGGUCAUUAAAAAGCAGUUACUUCAGUCAAUUUCUCUCCUGAUGGCACUACAUUAGCAUCUUGUAGUAGAGAUAAGUCUAUCCGUUUAUGGGAUGUUAAAUAAGGAUAAUAGAAGGUCAUAUUAGAUGGUCACUACAUGUUUGUUACUUCAGUCAAUUUCUCUCCUGAUGGUACUACACUAGCAUCCGGUAGUGGAGAUAAGUCUAUCAGUUUAUGGGAUGUCAAGACAGGAUAAUAAAAAGCCAAAUUAUAUGGUCAAUCAGAUGGAAUUCUAUCAGUCAAUUUCUCUCCUGACGGUAAAACAUUAGCAUCAGGUAGUUUUGAUUACUCUAUCCAUUUAUGGGAUGUUAAGACAGGAUAAUAAAAAGUCAAAUUAGAUGGUCAUUCAGGAAGUAUUUAUUCAGUCAAUUUCUCUCCUGAUGGUACUACAUUAGCAUCUGGUAGUGAAGAUGCCUCUAUCCGUUUAUGGGAUGUUUAGCCAAGAUAGUAAACACCCAAAUUAGAUGUUCAUUCAGAAACUGUUUACUCAGUUACUUUCUCUCCUGAUGGUACUACAUUAGCAUCUUGUAGUUAAGAUAACUCUAUCCGAUUAUGGGAUGCUACGACAGGACAAUAGAAAGCCAAAUUAGAUGGUCAUUAGAAUGAUGUUAAAUCAGUUUGCUUCUCUCCUGAAGGCACUACAUUGGCAUCUGGUAGUUAUGAUUGCUCCAUCCGUUUAUGGGAUGUGAAGACAGGGUAAUAAAAAGCUAAAUUAGAUGUUCAUGAACAUUGGGUAUAUUCAGUCAAUUUCUCUCCUGAUGGUACGACAUUAGUAUCUGGUAGUUCGGAUAACUUUAUCCGUUUAUGGAAUGUGAAGACAGGGUAAUAAAAAGGUAAAUUAAUUGGUCAUGAAAAUUGGGUUUAUUCAGUCAAUUUCUCCCCUGAUGGCACUACAUUAGCAUCUGGUAGUGAGGAUAAAUCUAUUCGUUUGUGGGAUGUGAAGACAGAAUAAUAAAAAGCCAUAUUAGAUGGUCAUUCAGGAAGCGUUUAUUCAGUCAAUUUCUCUCCUGAUGGUACGAAAUUAGCAUCUGGUAGUGGAGAUAAGUCUAUCCGUUUAUGGGAUGUUAAGACAGGAUAAUUAAAAUCUUUAUUAAAAGGUCAUAUUCAUAUCGUCUAAUCAGUCAAUUUCUCUCCUGAUGGUACUUCAUUAGCAUCUGGUAGUUCAGAUAACUCUAUCCGUUUAUGGGAUGUGAAGACAGGCGAAUAGAAAGCUAAAUUAGAUGGUCAUUUACGUUAUGUUUAUUCGGUCAAUUUCUCUCCUGAUGGUACUACUUUAGCAUCUUGUAGUGAUGAUAACUCUAUCCGUGUCUGGGAUAUCAAAUCAGGACAACUGAUCAAUUAAAACCUUUUUGAAAAAUUUAAACUCCCGAUAUUUCAAUCCUAAAUUCAAAAUAAUAGUAAUUAUUUUUCACUAUUUAGCUACCUCCUAUACUACAAUCCUUUUUAUAUCUCAGCAAUUAAUUUUUUAAUCAAAAGAUGCUCUAAUCUUUUAAGGAGAAUUUGUUCAUCAUUUGGGUUUGGAAUUAAAGAAAUUAUUUGAAUAAAGAGGAAGUUAAAUUUUGUUAGAGCCUUAAUAGUAGAAAAAAUGA